GUUUCCUGUCGGGCAGUUAUCGGUGUGACGCGGCCGCAGUGUGUCUGAUGCAAGCGGAAUGAGUUAAAUCACCAACACAAAACGGUGAAGAUGUCAGAUUUGAGCCCGAUGGACCUGUACGAGAAGCUGACAGCUCAGGGAGACACAGUGAGGUCUCUGAAAGCUCAGAAGAGCCCCAAAGCUGAAGUUGACGCGGCGGUGCAGCAGCUGCUGCAGAUGAAGCUGGACUACAAGCGUCUCAGCGGUCAGGACUAUAAGGCUGGAUGUCCGCCGGCGGACGGUGAGAUGGUGGUGGAUAACGGAGCAGUGCCGGAGGACGGAGAUGAUCAGGUGGAUCCGUGGAACGUCUCCUCUAGCAGCGCCAAAGGAGUCGACUACGAUAAACUCAUCGUGCGGUUCGGCAGCAGUAAGAUCGAUCAGGAGCUGGUGGACAGAAUCGCUCGAGUCACGGGAAAAACACCGCACCGUUUCCUGCGCAGAGGAAUCUUCUUCUCACACAGGUGCGACUGAGGCUUCAUCACACACCAGCACGCUACAUC